UAAGAAAACCCGGUGCCACUAAAGAAAGCCAAAUGUCUUUGCUGCUUGCCAAAAUUUUCGGUUGCGCCUUUGUGCUGACCAUCAGCUGUGCGACAUUUGUCGCCGCCUUACAUGUGCCCUACAGCAAUGACUUGGAAGUUCAAGGUAUACAGUCGGCCAUCUACAAUGCUGGACCACUCGGCAAUCAUGCUGGCCUCUUAAGUGCCGCCAAGGCCGUAAGUCAACUGCAGCUGCCCAAAUUGAGUGAAGCAGUGGAACAACAUGACUUCGGCAGUGAUGAUGGUCACGCGGAGUCGCUUGGCGUGGCUGGCGAUCACUUAGACCCGAAACAUUUUCCUGCUGAUUAUGCCGAUGAUCAUGGUGCCACCGCUGAGGAAUACGAAGAGGCCGAGGCUGCUGGCUCGGAACAUCUCGAAGAGGUCGCACAUGCUGACUUUGGUGGACAUGAGUUUUUGGAUAAGCUGGACUUCCAUGGUGAUUACCACGAUGCCUAUCAUCAGCAGCCUGUGGUGGGCAUUGAUCAUGGCAAAGGCGCUUUCAGUUACAGCACUUUGUACGAGCACAAACACGAUGAGCAGAAAGGCUUGUAUUGAGCUCGUGCGGUUGUUGGCGGGUAGGAAUGUAUGGGAAGAGACGUGUUGAAGUUGGUUGAGAUCUUUUUGUAUGUCCGUGUACUUUUCGGUGAAUUUCAAGUAUAAAAA